AUGGAGAGCUCCUCCUCCUCGUUGUUGACGAGCUCCACCGGCAACAAGCGGGCCAGAGAAGCCGACCUCGCCGCCGAGGAGGCCGAGGGGAAGCGCCUGCGGCCGGAGGACCUGCUGUCCAUGCUGGACGACGAGACGGACACCUCCGCGACGGGCGACCUGGCCUCCGUCAUGCGGAGCCUGGAGGAGGAGAUCUCCGCGGGCGAGCUGGACCUCGACCUCGAGCCCAGCCCGCCGCAGCCGGAACUCGGCUUCCUGCUCGAGGCCUCCGACGACGAUCUCGGCCUGCCGCCCGCCGGCGGCUCCUACACCUCCUCCGACGACUACGGCGGCGCCGCAGGCGCCGCCCUCUUCGGCGAGCAGAUCUGGGGCUUCGAGGACGAGAUCGACGGCGGCGCCGGAGACUACGGCUUCGGCGCCGUCACCUCCUCGCCCGAGGCCGCGGCCGCGGCCGCCGCCGCCGCCGCAGAGUGGGGCGACGACGGGUUCGGCGACGGGCUCUUCGGGUUCGGCGACGAGUCCUUUGGCGCGCCCGAUCUCGCCGCCCUGCGCCAGGAGACCAUGCCCGCCGUCUGAUCUGAAGUGGGUGGUUGGAUGGAGUAGGCUCGCUUUUUUUUCUUUUUUUUGCCGGUCGUUGGCUAACCUUAGCGUUACCCUUUUUUUAACCUUGGAUCAUGUAAAGUUUCUAGAAGGAAAAGGUUAAAAAAGUGCGUGGAAGUAGUUCCUGGGAAAUGUUUUACCUCCUGCUA